CUAGCAACAAACAUUAGCGAGCUAGCAAUGCGACCUAGCCACUCUCAUGCGCUACGUCGCUAGCUUGGAUCUUUGGCGAUCGGGGUGGGGGCGAUGCAUUUUCAGCGGGCAGAUGGCACUAAUAUUAAUCAGAUAUCGAUGCUGACCUAGUUUUAUUUUCUGUUAUGAGGCUCAUAUGAGUAUUUUUUUUGCAAGACGAUAGUAUCAGUAGGAGCGUUUUUUCUGCUUAGAAAAAGCUAACCUUGGGCAAGUCAGCGUCAAGAGUCACUCUCUUCAUCUACUGGUGUGUGACACGGGAUGAUUUGCAACCUAAUUGUAAAGCGGAUUUAUGUGCUUGCAUCACAUUGGUGAAUAAGAGCUCUGCCAACAAGAAAGUGAGACCAGCGACAGGUGCAUCGCCACCAUGCUGGAGGAGGACAUGGAAGUGGCCAUCAAGGUGGUGGUGGUGGGCAACGGUGCUGUGGGAAAGUCCAGCAUGAUCCAACGUUACUGCAAAGGAGUCUUCACCAAGGACUACAAGAAGACCAUCGGAGUGGACUUUCUGGAAAGACAGAUCAUCGUGAACGACGAAGAUGUCCGCCUUAUGUUGUGGGACACCGCUGGCCAGGAGGAGUUUGAUGCAAUCACCAAGGCGUACUACCGCGGCGCCCAAGCGUGUGUGCUGGUCUUCUCCACCACGGACAGAGAUUCCUUUCUGGCGAUAGACAACUGGAAGGAGAAGAUAGAAGCGGAGGUGGGAGAUAUUCCAACAGUCCUGGUGCAGAAUAAAAUUGACCUCCUGGAAGAAACGCUUAUAAAAAACGAGGAGGCAGAGGGUUUGGCAAAGAGGCUUAAGUUGAGAUUUUACAGAGCUUCAGUAAAAGAAGACCUAAAUGUCACAGAGGUGUUUAAGUAUUUAGCUGAGAAGUAUCUUCAACAUCUCAAACAGCAAACAGCAGAGGAGACAGAGGCGGUACACACCACCAGCAAUAAAAUAGGCGUUUUUAAUACCACAAGUAGUAAUGUCUGCAACCAGAGCUCCAGCAACGGCAGAGAAGUCAUCACACUGCGACCUAACAAACAAAGGACCAAGAAGAGUAAAAAUCCAUUCGGGAGUUGCAGCCUCCUCUAAAAGACGACAUGAGUUCAUUUUUGUGCUGGCCAUCGACAGGUAGCCUCAGUUAGAAACCAAAGCCCAUAGAGACUGGGAAUCAUCUCACUAAUGCUACUUUAAUAACAACCUGAUGUUUAUUUUGCUUGUGUUUGUUUUCCCUACAUGGAAUACAGAUACAUUAUAUUAUCCUAUACAAUGAUAUAGAGAACCAAUCAAAAAUUUAGACCCACUGUUAAAGAUCUUGGGUAAGUUAACCUGCCCGAAUUUGGAAAGGCCGAGAAGUUCAUAGAGGAUACUUUAUCAACUCAACACCAGUAGGUUUUUUUCACACUUCAACUAUUUACAGGAGCUUGUCAGGCUGGGUCGAUGACCUUAAAUCAAAUAACUAAGGUAAUCCCUCGCUGAUUCAAGUUUCGUGGCUUCACUCUAUCACGGUUUGUCAGUAUAUAUAAGUAUACGUUAAUUAAUUAAUUAAUUAUGCUGUUUCCAGGUUGGAUAAGGCCUACUAUUAUUUUUUUUGUGUGCAUAUUUAAGCAAAUGUUAAAUUUUUUUGGCCUAAAUGAAGCAUUUUCAAGCAUACAAAUGGCUAAAUGAUUUAAAAUGCAAAUAUAGACAUUCAGAAGUUGCAUUCAAAGACUUUGCAAUGAUAUGUAGUAUUCUACACUGGUCACUAGUGGUCCAGUGAUGUUACUGUAAAGUUCCGUGAGACACACAAGCACCACACCUGGCCAUCGGAACAACAGGCUUUUAUUGCAGGUUUGAAUGAUCUCACAACCGUUGUGGCCGUAACCCACGGCAAGCUAAAACUCAACUAUGAACCCUCGACGCCACUUCCUGUCCGUCCCCCACUCAGCUUCCCUAGAGAACACAUUUACAACAACACACACGAGUCAGUCUCUGUGUCUUAAAUGGCUUAUUUUCUCUUAUUUUGUCAGCUACAUUGGGUGAUAGGAGUGUAAAGGUGACCGUGGAGUGUUAUUUAAUGUCUUGGGGGCUCUAAAUUCACUUAUCACGGUCGGGUCUGGGACCAAUUAACCACGAUAAAUGAGGGAUUACAGUAGUAUCAAAUUACCACUCAGUCUAAACAUGCUCAGUAAACAACAAUGAGCAUUUCCAUCUAACAGUAUAACAGAGAGCCAACAAUGGUCGUUACGUACGAGCGGUCUCCCUUGGUCUUCUCUCGUUCCUGUACGAUCAUUUCAGUGGUGUUUUCAGUUCCUACCGUCUUCAUAUCAAAUGUCAUACAUACACAUAUCAAGGUUAUGAAAUCAGUCUAUCAUUAUCGUCAUAUUUGUAUCAAUGUUAUGAAAGAUAUGUAUUAACAGCAUUGUCAUAACUAUUUGAUAACUACAGUAGAUCCCCUCACAAUUGUGAUUCGGUGUUCACAGCCCGCAGAUUUUUGGGUUAAAAAAAAUACAUUUUUCAUUUAUUAUAUUUCCCCCCUGAAAAUAGACGAUUUUUUCCCACAAUGUAUAAAUAUGCGGUAAUACAGGUCAAAUGUACAGGAUACAUGUACCACGGUUAAAACCCCCUCACAAUUUUACACGUUUAUGCUUCACUUCUAUGUUUUUUCACACUUUAUUCAGCGCUCCUUGAUUGCUGUGAGAAGCACUAGCGCCACGACUCCGAUUCAUCUUCUCUAUCAAUCAUCAUUGUCAUUCAUUAGGGGUGAGAACCGAUACAUUUGAUCAUUUAAAGUGCUUUAAGUAAUUGUGUGAAGCCUAAUUAGGGCUUAAAUGUGGAUUAUGCUUUUAGCUUGUUAGAGGGUUCUGGAGCUGAAUCUAAUCUAAUAAUUCUAACAAACACUUUUUUUGCAAAUGUUCAUCCGAAGUCAGAGAAGAACGUCAGCGUCAAGCUCGCAGGAGGUUUUGGAGGGGCGAUUCGUGUGUUUUAAAAAUAGACAUUUUUUGUGGGCAUAUCAAUUACUCCCGGAUUUUCGCCAUCGGCUGGUAGGCGUGGAAAGGAACGCCCGCAAAAUGCGGGGAUCUACUGUAUUUGGACUGUCAUCUGGUGUUUAACAUUUAACAGCGUAUUUUUAAGUAAGCCCAUUUCGAUUUAACACACGCCUUCUCAUUUAAUAGCGUGAGGAAAGUGUGUCCAAACUUUUGACUGGUACUGUACAAUAUAAUCUGCAACAAUUAUUUUUCUCUUUUUUUCAGUUUUUAUGAUUUAUUGACAAGGGUUUCAAGGGUUGAUGAAAUGUAAUUCAUCAUUUUCGGUAGCGCAACGGCUGUGCUCUAAUUGGGCUCUCAUUCGCUUGGAAUGCACGAGAAAAUCCACGAGAUUAACAUUCAAUUGCUGUCAUCAUUUUUAGUGAUUUCAUGGCGGAUUUUUUUUCCUCCCCUCGCUGGGUCAUUAUUUCGCUGCGCUUAAGUUAAGCAUUUUUAUGCAUUACCCAGGACAUGCUGAGUAUUUCAACACCCUCGCCAGGAUACGGUUUCCCUCCUGAAUUCAGCAUCAGUUGUCUGGUUUGAUCAUCCAAGUGUUGAGUGAUACUAUAUUGAAGUGUUAACAGCUUCAUGGUGCCAAUUAUGUUACUUAAGUCUAAGUCUUAAAUUUGAAUGUAUCUUGCAAAUAAUCAAUUGUGCUAGCCAAAAAAAAUGUGCUUCGCAGCCCACUCCGUCGAUUUAUUAACCACAUUUUAGCCCCGUGAUACAUUUAACUGUAGUGAACAGGAGGCAGGCAUACUUGAGUUCCUCAAGUCACAAUUACUGUACAUGUUGUCGCUGUUUUUAAUUGUAAUUAGAGUGGAACCUCCACUGUCCAUCCAUCUGUGUCCAUCAUUAACAAUUCUGUUGAUCUUGUUGACGGGGCGCCGCUUGGUUGCAACCAGCAGAGGUGCUGUUGAGUCAGUCAUAGUUUUCAACAUAAACAACAGGAUGUACGGGAGUCCUACGAGAACUCACCCGGGCAACAUUAUUACACUCAAUACAACAUCGGCAUGGAAAAAAGGAGUUCAGAACUUUCAGAGGGACGUGGUAGUGCGCAGUUAAAAAAAAAAAAAAAGGCGUAUCAUGCUUGCGUGUGCUGGAAUAUGCAACAAAGCUUCCCAGCUUCCCGUUCCAGUAGCUUCACUACUAAAGUCUGUACAAUAUGAACGUGUUGCGAUGAAGUUCCGUCGGUUUACCAAGUAUAGUAAAAACAAGCUGUUGUAGAAACGUGAAGUCGUCAUUAAACUUCCUUCUUGCAUUUGUGUGUUACAUCGGCGAACUGCACAUGCAUGCUGAAUUGCCGUCGUCUUUGCUCUCAUGGAACUGAUCGUCACCGGUAUGCGUGUGUCCAACGUUCAAAUGAUUAAUGCUGUAACGCUAUCAACAAUACUGUUGAAAGAGGGGGGAAAAAAACCAACAAGUGGUGUAAUUGUGUUGCAUGCAAAAACCUUUUGUGAACAAUCGGUGAACGUUUCAUUACGGUUGCAACGCCACAAUGCCUUAAUCGUGUUUACAUUGUCGUCCAUCCACCUCAAGGAAACAUUUCAACCCCUCGCAUUUGUACAGAAUCCUUGGCCUUUUGCUUUUUAACGGAAUGGGUUUCACGCACUUUAUCAGUAAAAUAGCACAUCAUGGAAUAUUAACAAUAACCCGGCGAUGAAAGUGAAUCAGUUAUACGCGCUGUCGCUCAGGUGUUGGAUGAAUCGGUGUGUACAUUCUCACUUUUAUUAAGAAACAGAAAACGUGUUUGGUUGAAUUCUUUUGACAAAAAUGAAGCAUCGUUGUUGCAUUUUUAGUUUGAACCAAAUGUAACCUGACUUGCCACACAGCUGUGCUCCAGCUGUCAUGGUGAAGGAGGGAAAUGUGGAAUAAAAACAACUACUUUGUUCUCAGGCUCGUUUGUGUCGUGUGGGUCCACAUUUCAUUCACAGCUAUGAUGACUUCAUUGUCAUAAUAUGAGAUUUUACUCUUAAAAUGAAGACUUCAUGAUUCACAGAACAUUGAAUAUCAUUUCCUGGUAUUAUAACAAUUCAAUUGAUGUAACAAAAUGGAUUUUUUCUUGUAAGAUUGUGACUUCUUUCUCUCAACAUUACACCUUUCUUCAUAAU